AUGGCUGACGAACGCACUAUAGCCGAUAUUACUUCCCGCGAACUCGAAGCCCUCGUUGAUCCCGUGGCUACCACUCCUCAAUUUUUGCCGCCUCACGUACCUGACCCGGUCGAUCCUGCCACGUUAUCACCUGGCUCUGUACCGCCAUUGCCUGCUGCCCCAGACUUACCGGAUAUUUCUGCUAUGCCUCCUACCACGCCCAACGAUAUGUCAACCAACGACCCUGAUACGAUCAUCAACGAUGCUGAUCAAGCUGAAGAUAUUGCCGCCGACAACCCUGAUACCGUUAUCAACGAUGCUGACAUUUCUACCGACGUGGCUGAUAUCCCUAUCAACGAUGUUGAUCUCGCUGAUGCUUCUGAAGUCUUCGUUGACGCCCUUACCCAUGACGACGCCGCAUCUGACGAGUCUCCUGUACCGCUUGCUCCGCCUAGCACUUCCUCACCCCAAGUCGCUCAAUUUCCGCUCGCCGAUUCACUUGUGUCCAUUCCCAUUGCCGAUAAUGCUACCGACCAUAAUGUCGAACUGCCGAACGCUUUUGAAGUUGAACGAGGAUGUACAACAAGCUUAGGGAGGGAUAAUGUCGAGCUGAAAAACAUUCCGGUUCCACAGACGCGAUCACGUGACGUCAGGAAUAUCCCUCCUAUGGUGCACUCAGGCAAAAAGCGCAAAGUCCAGCCUCUUCUCCCGCCUCGGCAAAAACAGCGAAAUAUAAUUCCGAGACUUUAUAUGAUUGGUCGACGCUAUCCGCGUAUCCCAUUGGCUCACCGCGAUUGCCGCUAGGCUUCGCUCCGCUUCUCACUCACAUUGGUCACUGCUUAGCUUCUUCUUUGAAAACUUUUGAUUGGUAUCGCAAGCAAACCAAUGGAUACUUCUUUAUUAUUUUUAGAGCAGAUUUCAU